AUGGCCGGCCGAGGAUUUGCGGCCACCGCAGCUCGUCCCCGAAGGCCGUCCUCGGCCGCCCUAAUCCGCUCAGCGUGCCAGGAUUACGGCGCCGGCCCCACGUCACAGGGACCGCGGCCACUCGCCUCGGUCCCCCGGCCACCGCCGGCCCGCCCCGCCGGGCAGGGGGGGGGGUUUAUCCUCUUACCCCCCCAGCGCCGCCGCGGUGGGCACGCAGCCGGCCAGAGCCCGGGGGCUCCUGCCUGCCGCCUCCUCUGGGUGGGGAUUAGCCCUGACCUUCACCCCCGGCGGGACGGGCUGCUCCCCCCGACCCCCCCAAGCUGGGGGCUGCCGGAGCCCCCGGGUACCCCCAGCCCCACCAUGGGGGACGGAAGAGCCCCCUGGGGUACCGAGCUGGAUGCGGCCCCUGGGAUCCCAGCGGCCCUGGGAACGGGGAAGGUCGCCGCCGGCUCCAGCCCAGCUGCCACGGCUCGGCGCGGCCAUCGCUCCCGGCCCUGGCUGGCACCGCCGGUGCCCGGCGGGCACGAGCUGGGUGCUGGCACUCCUGCCCGCAGCAUCGCGGUGCCGCAGGUGGUCCGGCACAACGGGUGGCUGGGGGUCCCGGUGCGAUACCCCCGUCCCAGCCCCCCCGGCACGCACCCGGGGGUCACCCCACGUGCCGCAGGUCACCCCACAUGGCACCCCCAGGACCCGUGGUCCCCUGCCCUCCCCCGGGACCCACGGCCCUGCCCCACGGCUCACCAGGACCCUCCACCCCCGUGCUCCCUCCAGCACCCACGGCUCCCGCCCCACUGGGACCUACGGCCCUGGGCACCCUGCAGACCCACAGCUCCCCCCCCCCACGGGGACCCGCCGCUCCUGCCCCACCGAGACACAGGGUGCCGGCCCCACCGGCACCCACGGCACCGAGCCCCCCGGGACCCACAGCUCCCCGUCCCACCGGCACCCGCAGCGCCGGGCACCCCGGGACCCACGGCUCCCACCCCACGGGGAUACAACGGCUCCCGCCCCACCGGGACGCAACGGAUCCCGCUCCACCGGCACCCACGGUGCCGGGCACCCCCCGGGUACCCGCCCCACCGGCACCCACAGCUCCGGGACCGACAUCUCCCGCCCGGCGGGGACCCCCGGCUCCUUCCCCAGGGGGGACCCCCGGGGCGCCGCGCCGCGCGCGCCGUGUCCCGCUCCCGCCGGCGCGCCCCGUCCGCCGCGCGCCCCCGUUCCCGCCGCCGCCCGCGCGCCCCGGGCCGGACUCACCGCGCGCCGCCGCCGCCGCCCCGGCCCGGCCGUGCCCGCAGGAAGCGGCGGGAGAGCCCCGGGGGCGGGGACUGCGGCCGCCCCGCCCGGACCGCCGGGCUGCUCCGGCGUCGCCCCGGCCCCCGCCCGCUCCCGGACACGCUCCCGGACACGCUCCCGGGCGCGGUCCCGGUGCUACGGUCCCGGGGUGGCCCUGGCAGGGUCCUGGCACGGUCCCGGGGUGCACAGAAGCACGGCGCGGGGGGAGCCCGCACCCACCGGGCACCCCCCCCCCGGGGUCCCUACCCGAAGGGGACACGGGCACCCCGUGGGGUCCCUGCCCCGCGGGGCACCGUGAGCGAGACCCCCGGGGCCGCGGCAGCGUGGGUGCCCGCGGGCGGGGGGAUGCACCCGGCGUCCCCUCCAUCCCCACGGCCGCCCCUUCCCUCGCCGGCGUCCGGCUCCCGCCCCGGCACGGCAUCGCCUCCCCGCCACGCGGGAGCCCCGAAAGCCGCCCGCCGCCAGCUCCCCACGGCUCCCACAGCGGCCCCGGGGUCCUUUGAGCCCCCCAAAUCGAGCAGGGGGGGCAGCUGGAGCCCCCGGCCCACGCGCGGCACCCCACGGCACCUGCCGCCGCCAGAAUAG